UCCACGUGGGGGUGGGGGUGGGGGCUUGAACCUGGUCCUCAUGCAUGGUAAACAGUGCCUGACCAGGCGUACUGUCUCUCAGCCCCCUCACACAGCUCUCGUACCAGAACGUUCUCUGGCUUUAAAUCCAGGGUCACCUCACCUUCCCUCUAGCUCCUCACACACAUCCCACAUCCUGGGGGAGACAGCAUGGCAGCCAACAUGAAGACCGGCAAGUCUGCAGACUAUGUCAUCUUCAAGAAGGUGUCCCGGGACAAGUCGGUGACCAUCUACCUGGGGAAGAGAGACUACAUCGACCAUGUGGACAAGGUGGAGCCCGUGGAUGGUGUUGUGUUGGUAGAUCCGGAGCUCGUGAGGGGAAAGAAAGUGUUCGUCUCUCUGACCUGUGCCUUCCGCUAUGGCCAGGAGGACAUCGACGUCAUCGGCCUCACCUUCCGCAGGGACCUCUACUUCUCCCGGGUCCAGGUCUUCCCUCCCGUGGGUGCUGCCAGUGCCCCCACGAAGCUGCAGGAGAGCCUGCUGAAGAAGCUUGGGAGCAACACGUACCCCUUUGUGCUCACGUUUCCUGACUACCUGCCCUGCUCUGUGAUGUUGCAGCCAGCUCCGCAAGAUGUGGGCAAGUGCUGUGGGGUUGACUUCGAGGUCAAGGCCUUCGCCACAGACAGCAUGGAAGAUGAGGAGGACAAAAUUCCCAAAAAGAGCUCGGUGCGUCUGCUCAUCCGGAAGGUGCAGCAUGCCCCUCUCAAGAUGGGCCCCCAGCCCCGUGCCGAGGCCGCCUGGCAGUUCUUCAUGUCCGACAAGCCCCUGCAGCUCUCAGUGUCGCUCAGCAAAGAGAUCUAUUACCACGGGGAGCCCAUUCCUGUGACUGUGACCGUGACCAACAACACGGAGAAGACUGUGAAGAAGAUCAAAGCCCUAGUGGAGCAAGUGGCCAAUGUGGUCCUCUACUCCAGUGACUAUUACGUCAAGCCGGUGGCCAUGGAGGAAACACAAGAAAAGGUGCCGCCCAACAGCACUCUGACCACCACGCUGACACUGGUGCCCUUGCUGGCCAACAACCUGGAGAGGAGGGGCAUCGCCUUGGAUGGGAAGAUCAAGCACGAGGACACCAACCUGGCCUCCAGCACCAUCGUGAAGGAGGGGAUAGACCGCACCGUCAUGGGCAUCCUGGUGUCCUACCAGAUCAAGGUCAAGCUCACGGUUUCUGGGUUUCUGGGAGAGCUCACCUCCAAUGAAGUGGCCACAGAGGUGCCGUUCCGCCUCAUGCACCCCCAGCCUGAAGACUCAGGUCAGUCACGCCCCACCCAGCUUCCCCAAAUUAAGGAUGAAAAUUUGGUCUUCGAAGAGUUCGGUCGUCAGAAUCUGAAGGACACUCCUGAGGAAGGGAAGAAGGAUGAUGAGGCCAUGGAUGAGUGAGGAGAGAGCACCCCCAGAGAUGCAGGGGGCCCCCAUGCUGCCAGCCUCCUCUACCCCUCACCCCCUAGCCCCCUACCCCCACCCCUGCUCUGUAGCUCUGUCUGUCACACACAUGUGUGAGACUUCUCAGAAAUAAAAAGCUUCCACUC